AUGGCACCUUAUGAAGCUUUGUAUGGUAGAAAGUGCAGGUCUCCUAUCGGGUGGUUUGAAAUGGGAGAGUCGAGUCUAGUUGGACUUGAUCUAGUUCACCAGGCUGUAGAAAAGGUAAAGCAUAUCCCAGAACGGCUGCGAAUAGCUCAGAGCCGUCAGAAAUUCUAUUCAGAUGUUUGUCGGCGAGACCUCGAGUUCCAGGUUUGUGAUUGGGUAUUUCUGAAUAUUUCACAUAUAAAGGGCGUAAUGAGAUUCGGGAAGAAAGGAAAACGUAGAUCGAGGAAGUAUAAUGGAGAUCCUUCUCGGAUAGUACCAAUCGAUAAUGUUCAGGUGAUGGAAGACUUAUUGUAUAAGGAGAUCCCAAUAGCUAUAUUAGACAGGCAAGUCUAUAAGUUAAGAACGAAGGAAGUGGCCUCCAUGAAAGUUCUGUGGUGCAACAAAAAUGUGGAAAAGGUCACAUGGGAGGCAGAGAAAGCAAUGAAAGCUAAAUAUCUGCAUCUAUUCCAGCCCGAAGGUUCUAUAUGA